UAUUCCCAUCAGCUACAAGUGAAGACGAGCAUCAGAGCAUCAGGAAGAGCUGAAAUCUGCAAAGACUGAGUUUAUUAAAGAGGACAGUGAGAACAUGAGUGAUCCAGAACCCUGCAAAAUGAAACACACUGAAGAACAAAGAGAAGAACUGAGAGAAGUGAAGGAGGAGAGAGAAGAACUGAGAGAAGUGAAAGAGGAGGAACAUCAUGUCAAACCUGGAGAAAAACCUUUGAGUCGCUCAAAGACUAAACAUCAUUUUUUAAAGAAAAGAAAAGACAAUAAAUCUUUCACCUGCACUCAGUGUGGGAAGAGUAUCACAACCAAAUAUAGUCUUGAGAUUCACAUGAGGAUCCACACCGGAGAGAAACCGUUCUCAUGUCAUCAGUGUGGGAAGAGAUUCAGUCUAUCAUCAAACCUUAAUGUUCACAUGAGGAUCCACACUGGAGAGAAGCCGUUCACAUGUGAUCAGUGUGGUAAAACAUUUAUUGGGUCAUCAUACCUGAAGAAACACCUGACAGUUCAUAAGAAGGAGAAGCCGUAUUCAUGUUCUGUGUGUGGAAAGAGGUUUUCACGGCUGCAAAGUUUACAAAGACAUCAGAAAAUUCAUACUGGUGUGAGAGAGUUCAUGUGCUUUGAGUGUGAGAAGACUUUUAUUUCAGCACAAGAUUUAAAACGGCACCGGAGGAUCCACACUGGAGAAAAACCUUACAAGUGUUCACACUGUGACAAGAGAUUCAGUGAUUCAUCAACUCUGAAAACACAUGAGAUGAUUCACACUGGAGAAAAACCUUACAAGUGUUCACACUGUGACAAAAGAUUCAGUGAUUUAUCAACUCUGAAAAGGCAUGAGAGGAUCCACAGCAGAGAGAAGAUCACAUCACACAUGUGA